AAAUUUUCUUUGAUUCCAGUUUAUUCAUUUCACUGUAUUGAUUAUUUAAUUUUUAGUUAAUUGUAGUUUAUUCCUUUUAGUUUAUUUAUUUAAUAUUUUUUAGCAUAUUACUUGAUUUACUUCAUUCAAGUUUGUUCCUUUCACUUUUUGAUUAACUAAUUUUUAGUUUAUUCCAGUUCAAUCCACUAAAUAAUUAGGUGUUGUGCGUUUGUGCGUAAUUGUGUGAUGAAUGUUUUGAAACCUUAUGCCGCAGUAGUAUUAUUCUUAUUGAGUUAUAUGACUACUUAUGCGUUUUUUGCAUAAUUAUAAUUUAAAUAUUAUAUUUUUAUAAGAAUAGCUUGUUUUGAAAAAGCUACCCUUUGCUUAGCGCUUUCGCUUUUAAACAAAGUCCAAGGUCAUCGAUUUUGGAUGCUUUUCCCUUUAAAAAAGUUUCUUUCCAUAUGUCUAAGCAAUGAUUCCGGGCAUGACAUGGCGUUUCGUGUCUCUUUUGUCGUUGGACCUCACCCCAUAGCCAGGAUUCAAACAAAGUUUGUCUCAAAUCAUUGUGAUGUGUAGUCCUUUCCUGCAAUAUAGAAGCCAAGUAGUUUCAAAUAGGUCGGAUUAGGGGACAGCUGAAGAGACACCAAGAUGGCAAGUGGAGUUUAAAACGAGUGACGCUGUCAGCCGGUGGGUGAGCUGCGGAAGUUUUAUGGUCUCUGUCGCCUGGUUCGGUGUGAAGGAGCCGCAGGUGUACUCCGUGUCUCAAGAAGCGGCAAUUCUAUUUCAUCCAACUUUCUCUCAGUAUACGUCUAUGCUGUGUCGAAGAAGUCUUAUGUGGAAAAGCAGCCGGUGGGUGAGCUGCGGAAGUUUUCUGGUUCGGUGUGAAGGAGCCGCAGGUGUACUCUGUGUCUCAAGAAGCUGCAAAUCUAUUUCAUCCAACUUUCUCUCCGAAAAGAAGCCGGUGGGUGAGCUGCUGAAGUUUUCUGGUCUCUUUCGCAUGGUUCAGUGUGAAGAAGCCGCAGGUGGACUCCGCGUCUCAAGAAGCAGCAGUUCUAUUUCAUCCAACUUUCUCUGUGGCAAGAGAGGGUUGACACUGUCUCAGAUGUCCCAGAGCUUGUUGACUUGCAGGAAGAUACUGAUACGGAGGAAAUUUAUCACGACCCAGAGCCUGAGCCAGUACAAUUUGAAAAAAAUUCAGAAAAGCAACAAAUUGAUGAAGACACAGUUUGGUUAGCUAAAUUAUCAGCCAUCAAUAAUAACAAACCUUUAGGGCCUAUACUUGAUGAUUCCCAACUUCAAAUGCUUCAUCAAGAACUAGAGUUUGAUCAUGAACUUGCAGGUAAGGAUUACUCCUCAGACAAUGGGAACCCCAAAAAAAUUGAAUAUACACACUGUUGGAAGGCAGAUCUACCUAAUAUCAUUCAAAAGGUGAAAUGUAUUGUUAAACAAAGAGAGCAGCAGGAGAUAAGCAGAGCUGCCAAGCCUAAUGAUGUUCCAUAUCAAGAAGCUGGUUUCAUAGUAGUCAGAAAGAAGGGUUAUAAAAAGAAGAAGAAAUUUCAAGAAGUCCCCUCAAUGAUUACUAGAAAUACUGUCAAGAAACUUGCAGCAACUACUAAUAACCCUCAAACUUCAGUCUUAGGGCUCUCAUAAGCUACAUCUCAUCAGUUCUCAAUGAACUGUCUUUUUUGGAAUUUAAGAGGGCUAGAGGGUGUUGAUUCAAGGUUAUUCUCUCUUAUUCAGCAUAGGAGUAUUCAUUUUCUUGUGGUGAUUGAGCCAAUUGUUCAUAUCAGUAAAGCUAAGUAUUACAUGAGGCAGUUGGGUUUUAAUAAAGUUUUUGCUUAUGAAGUUACUAAGAUUUGGUUAUUUUGGAAUGAUUUCCAAUUUGAUGUUAAUAUGAUUGAAAUUCAUCCUCAGUUCUUACAUAUCAAAGUGGAUUCUGGUGUUUUUACUGGCUACAUUACUGAUGUGUAUGGUAACCAUAACUACCUCCAAAGAAGACUUCUCUAGGAUAAGUUAAUGCUAUUUUACAAUCAGAUUGGAGACCCCUGGUUUGUGGGUGGUGAUUUCAACUCUAUUGCUACACAUUCUUAGCAUUUUGGUUAGGCUAUGCCACAUAUGGCUAGUAUGUUGGAAUUCUCUAAUUGUAUUGUUGAUUGUAAUUUCAUUGACCUACCCUUUUAGUGGUACACAAUAUACUUGGACAUGGGUCAGAUCUAAUGGUAGACUGUGGAGAAGGUUAGACAAGGUUUUAUUUAAUAAUAAGUGCAUUGAGGUUUUUGAUCUUAUUCAUAUCAAUCAUCUCUUAAAAAACACCUUCAGAUCACUCCCCUAUUUUGGUUCAAAUCUCCUAUAGUGGGUUGCUAAGUCCUAAACUUUUUAGAUUUCAGAAUAUGUGGAUUGGGCAUUCUACAUUCAUGGAGUUUGUUGCAAAUUGAAAAGUUUGAAGCAGGAAUUAAAGAUGUGGAACAAGGAAACCUUUGACAAUAUUUUUGAUGACAUUAGAAAUUGUGAACAUCAAGUGUUAGAUGAUGAACUUUGCUUUGGAAACAAUAGGCUCAUUUGCGUUGGCUUAAAGAUGGGGAUUCUAAUUCUCACUUCUUUCACUCCUAUGUAAAUAUCAGACAUAGGAAACAACAAAUCAUGUCUAUUCAGAAUUGUGUAGGUGAUAUGGUUGAUAAUUUACCUGAUAUUGGGGCUGCUACAGUUGAUUACUUCACCAACCUUUACACUCAAGAGCGGCCUGGGAACCCUGAUGAAAUUCUUCAAUAUAUACCUAAACUAGUAGAGAUUGAGGAUAAUCAAGCGUUAAUUAAGCUGCCUACUAUUGAUGAAAUCAAAGAAGCUGUUUAGUCUCUUAAUCAAAAUGGAGUUGCUGGGUUGAUGGAUACAAUGGUUGAUCUGCCUUUCAAAUUUUGUUACUAAAGUUUGUACGAAGGUACUUACUAACAGGAUGUCUAUCCUCAUGCCUAAAUUGAUUUCAAAAGAGCAAAUUGGUUUUAUGAAAGGGCAUGACACGGCAGAUCAUACUUUAAUUGCUCAAGAAAUGGUUCGUGAACUUGAUAAAAAGGUUAAAGGUUCUAAUGUCAUCAUCAAGCUUGAUAUGGCCAAGGCAUUUGACAGAUUAUUCUAGAGUUUUCUUGAAAAGAUGUUGCUGUAGUUUGUGUUUGCAAUCAAAUUGUUCAAAGUAUCUUAAACAAUCUUCAAGCCACCUAUCUGUUCUUCUUGUUAAUUAAGCCUUUUCUAGGGGGCUUAAUUGGUAUAUUUCUAAUGGUUUAAUUAAACCAUACUGGUUUGGUAAAAAUGGCAAUCCUGUGUCUCACCUAGGGUAUGCAGAUGAGCUCCUCAUUUUCCUAAAUGGAGACUCCAGAUCCCAUCUUAAUUUUCAGAGGUUCCUUACCUUAUAUCAAAAAUCUUCUGGGCAAGCAGUUAACUUUGACAAAAGUACCUUCAUGUGUGAAAAACAUGCUAUUUAUAGAACUCAUGCUAUGCAAGAUCUACUGAGCAUGCAAAAGACAACACUCUCAAUGAAGUAUCUUGGGAUCAACCUUCACAAAGGCAUUAAUAGGAAGCAAUAUUGUCCAAAUAUCAUUCACCAGUUUGACUCUAGACUCAAAACUUGGAGGCAGAAGAAUCUUUCUAUGGCAGGACGAUUAAUUUUGAUCAAACAUGUUUUGGGGUCCAUCCCUAUGCAUCACUUAGUUGUGCAUGUUCUGCCUAAGAAAAUUAAAGGGAUUCUUGAAAAAAAUGGCUAAUUUCUUAUGUGGUUCUUCUAAUAAUAGGCCUAAAUACCAAUGGAUCAACUGGAGAAGGCUUUGUUAUGCUAAGGAUAAAGGGGGAUUGGAUCUUAGAUCUCUUGGGGAUUUGGAAAAAGCAUUCUCCUUAAAACUAUGAUGGAAAUGGAGGGAAUCUCCUUGUCUUUGGUCAUUCAUGAGUGUCAAAUAUCCUAGAAAUGAGGAGAUGAGGAUUAAUAUAACUGAUUCACCUAUUUGGAGAAGAUUGUGUUCAAUUCAUAAUCUGGCCACCUCUCUGAUUGACUCUUCAUAUUCUCAGAUCACCUGGAAAAUUACAAAAGAUGGUCAGUUCACUCUUAAAUCUGCUUAUCAUGCUAUAAGACAUUCUCCGGGUUCCUCCUUUUCCUAUACACAGAUGUGGCAGCCUUAGCAACAACCUAAGAUUAGGUUGUUCGAAUGGAGACUUCUAAAAGGGAUAUUGCCUGUUACAGAUAGAUUCGUUCGCUUUGGUAAGGUUAUUCAACCUUCAAUCUGUCCUCUUCGCAGGAAACAUGAAGAUUCAAUUAUACUCUGAUUUCUGACAUGAAGAUCUGGAACAUAAUAUUAUUGAGUGGGGCAAAUAUUAUUGAGUCUGCCAACCUUCCAGGGAUUAUAUGUUGGAAUAUCUGGAAGAUUUAUACUAAUAUUCUUUGGGGUUCUAGUUUGGUUGUGCCUAAUAUUUGUCACGUAAUCUGGAACAUCAAGCCUUUCACUCAGAAUUGGGCUUUAAGCUUAUCUACUCAAAGGUUUGGUAAGAUUGAUUUUGUAUUAUUUGAAGAGCGGUUAUUUCCUAAAGGGUUUAAAGUUAAGCAGAAGCUUUUUAAACCGUUCAGUUGGAUGAAAUCGAAGAUAGGGAUGAAGUUGAAUAUAGAUGCUGCGUUUAUACCUGACUCUGCCUCAGGAGGUGUGAUUUUACGAAAUCAGUCUGGUGAAUUGAUUUGUGCGACGGCUUUUCCGGCUUCUGCUUCCUUGUCCUUGGAAGCAGAGUUUCUCGCAGUGACGAAGGCAACUAGGUGGGCGAUUCAGGAAGGCUACCGGGAUUUCCUUGUUGAGAUAGAUGCGGAGGCGGUUCUGGAUUUUAUUUCAACGAAGCAACAACGAAGCUUUGAAUGAAGACCUCGUUGAUUUCAGGCAAAUUUGUUUUAGGAAAGGGGUUCAUUUUCGACAUACUCUCAGAGAAGGAAAUAGAACGGCCCGCCCAUCUUCUUGCGGCUACAUACUCGGGCCAGUUUACUUCUUGGACUUCAGUUGAUUCGUUACCCAGCCCAGUUCGAAUUAAAUUCCACUUCGAUAUGUUCCAUAUUCCUUUUAUUCGUUGGCUUGUUUAAUUUUUGAUUAUUUUACUCGGAGGUUUUGGUUUGUCCCCCCCCCCCCCCCCCCCCCUCUUACUUGUACUGUUUUCUUUCCUCGGGUAAGGUUUGGCCCCCCCGAACUUUGUACUUACAUUGAUUUUAAUAAAAUCUUGUAAAUGUCCCGCGACAUUUGCCCCACUGAUUUUGGUGGUUGGCCUUCCGAGGUAAA